AUGGAACAAAUUGUUAAUGCAGCACUCCUUGGGAUAAUUUCAGUUGUCACUUUAACAGGCAAUAUCCUUGUGGUUGUUUUGUUUAUAAAGAGACGAGACUGGCUUAAGAACGCUCAUACAUGUCUUUUACUGGCCCUCGCUAUUCAGGAUAUUAUAACAGCGAUCAACCUGUUGGUGUUACCUGGAUUUGCUUUACCUGCAGACGUUUACGACCUUCCUACACAUCCGAAAUUGAGAGAGCUUUAUUGCUCGUUAGUAUGGUCAUGGUAUGUUCCAUUCGCUUUAUCCGUUUCAUCUAUCUAUACGUGUCUUAUGUUGGCUAUUGAUCGCUUAGUUGCCGUUUGUAAACCUUCGACCUACAAACGCUUUUGUAGCUCCGCAAAGGUUAUUGCAACCAUGGCAAUUCUUCCCUGGAUUGCAGGCUUCGGAAUUGAAACAAAAACGGCAUUGAACGCUCAAAGUUCAAGGAAAGAUAACGGAUCUUUUGUGUGUAAGCGGGUGCAGGUCGACGGAUCACCUGAAAAUAUAAUGGCAACGUUGUUGCUAUUUAUUGCAAAGGGUCUUCUAGCCCAGGUGCUGAUGACUAUAGCCUAUGGGAAAAUGAUGAUCACGAUAAAGCAAUCUUCGUGCAACACAACUGGUUCAAGUCAUCCUAGUCGUCAGGAAAUUAAAUUCUAUCUGACAUUGAGAAGGAUUACGCGAAUG